AGACGGGGUCGACAACACUGGAGUUUGUUGGUGAAGACUGUCGCCAGGCACUGGAGUUUGUCAAGGCUCGCUACAAUGGCUACCAAAGCGAGGAAGUGUCGUGCAAGACAGAGUUGGUUGAGCCGGCGUGUCACGCCAUACGUAACAACAACAGUGCAAUCGUCUACGUCCCUCCGCCUGCACCGACAUCUGCAAAGGGUGGAGGUGGUGGUGGUGGCGGGAAGAAAGCCACGCCUGAGAUCACAACGCUGACGAUCGGUGCCCUGGGCCGCAAGCCCAUCGACGAAGUCAAGCAGGUUCUCAGUAGUCCCGAUGUGGCUAAUGUCAAUGUGCCGGGAGACUUUCUGCGGACGCUAAGGGUUCAUCCGACGUGCAGCCUGACAAUUUUGCGCGAGGAUUUCCACGUGGCGUACACAGUUCGGCGUGAUCAGGACGCUGUCAUCCUGCAGGGCUUCGCCGCUGAGGACCUACAGGCUGCCGCUGACCGUCUGAAGGAGUUUGUGGCGUCCCAGCUCGCUCUGCAAGAAGCUAAGACUGAGAUGCUACGCUGUAGCAGUGGAGUGGCAAUGCGGUUCCUCAAGCACGCCCUCUACACACUACAGGAUGAGAAUGCGCAGACAGCCAUUGAGGACAUUGAGAACCGACACAGCGUGUCUAUUGGCCGUAACGAGGACGGACAGAUCACCAUUCGGGGUCUGUCAUCCUGUAUCGCCUCCGCUCAGUCCGACAUCAACAGCGGUGUGCUACUUGGAAACUUCAAGUACAAACGACAUGAGCUGCCGGGUAAACGUGAGGCAUUCAUGCGUCUGAUCAAGCGCACCGCUCUGAAAAGGAUUGAGGACGAGCACCGCGUUGUCUGCUUCAUGCAUUAUGAGCAGGGCAAGGGUGGACCUGUACCGAGAGGUAAUCGUCGAGAUAGCUCCAGCUCCGAGACGGGUAGAGCCAGUGGCGGUGCGUUCCGCGAUAAGUCCGCUGGUCACAAGGCGCCGUCAGCUGCCACCCUGGGCAAUAUCAUCAUAGAGCUUUGCGGAAUCAUACAGGAUGAACUGGACGUUGCUUUCAAGCAAUUGCAGAAAAUUGACGUAUUCAGUGAGUUGUGGCGUCUUCCCUCCGAGGAAGAGUUUUGGAUGGUGGACGCCUGGAGAAAGAGUGGUGUCUUAGCCAAAUUGGAUGAUCAGUUAGAGUUCUUCCCGGACCCCAAGGCCAAGAUACUGUUCUGCAAUGCACUGACCAAGGCCGGGGCAAAGGGCGGCAUUGAGCUGGUACGCCAGCGCAUUGCCAAGCAUAGGAAGGAAGAGGUGGCGCUGCCACUGACUCCCGCUCUGCAGCAGUUCAUCCGGGUCAAGCGCCAGGACUGGCUGACUGAUCUGGAGCAGAUCCAUGGUGUCAAGGUCAAUGCUGAUAGCGAUGAAUGGACCGUGGUCGGUUCGCAUGAGGACGUGGAGCAAGUGUGUCUGAAGUUUCAGGAUCUCCGUGAUAUGUGUCCCACGCGACGGAUCUCCUUCAAUCCGAAAAACAAACGUCUUUUCCGUCACAUGUCCAAUCGCUGCAAGGAGCUCCGAGCUGAUCUAGAAGAUUCACACGAGGCUACGCUAGCGGUGUCCGACGUUUCCAGGAGUAACCGCGGCAAUGAUGGUCAUCGUGGUCGCGGUCGUGGUGGUAGCAGAGGUCACGGUGGCAGAGGUCGCGGUGGCAGAGGCGGACGAGGUGGUGGUGCUGCUGCAGCCGUUGUCGACGGUGAUUCCGCAGAUGCCGUUGCUGGCGACGACGAGUGUGUUGUCACGUGUGUGGCUGGGAGUCAGGGCGACCUGGAUACUGUCGCAGAGCAGACACAGGAGUAAUGUGUUUGUCGACAAAACUCUUGCUCACAUCAACGCCAUGACACGCGAGGAAGCUGAGAGUAUGCGGGACACCAUUCAGGCAUUCAUCGGUGGCCAUGAAACCCAGCACGAGGAGUUUGCGUUCCCGUCCGACGUUGUGGCUCAGAUCGUCACAUCGAGCGAGAUGCGCAGAGUUAUCGACAUUGCUUCGAAGCGCGGCGUUCGGGUUCAGAAAGUCUACGGCACGGCCGGGUACAGUGAUAGCAAUGAUGACGGUGAAGGUACUCCUAGGUCCCGCCGCAUGCACUUGUCACUGAGCGGUUUGCAGGAUGCUGUGCUGGAUGUGCGCCAGGAGCUGCAGCAGUUUGUCGACCAGGUGGCUCAGUCAGUAGAAACUCUUCAGGUUUGUGCUCAAGGGCUACAAGUGACAGCGCUUCUGGAUCACGUUGGCGACAUCCGUGCUGUCGAACGGCAGUUCAAGGUCUCGUGUACGUGGACUAGUCUCUCGCGGCUCGCACGCUCUGCGGCUUCUCAUGUCAAUGACGACAGCGAUGCCGACGAUGACGCCGAUGAUGACGCUUACGAUGGAGGGCACACGGCAACUGACCAGAGUUCUGGUGCAGCUCAAUCGGCAAGUGUUAGUAUUGGUUCUUUCCCGGCCGGUAUUCCAGUAGGCGAUAUUGCUGCUAAGGCUACUGCUGCCCUUGCCAGGUCACAAUCUAUACCGCUCGAUGCGACAACCGUAACGGGCGCCAUAAACACGAUGACGUCAGUACGCAGUCGCGGUCUCUUCUCCACACUCGGCUCUCUGUUUACACGCCAGUCGUCCACUUCCAGCAAUGACGGUGCUUCGUUUACCCCCGCUGCUGCUGCCACCGCCACACCAACAAGCACAACUCCAUCGUCAUCGUUGUCGUCUUGGCAGUGGCAGGAUAAUGAUGGCUGGAAGGCGUACCCUGCCGACCAAUGCAAGUCCAUUGAUCUGGCCAGUGCCCGCGGAACCAAGUGUGAUAUUUGUAUUGGCACUACAAGAUAUCGAAUAGACCCAGUGAACAUGAUCCAGACCAACUUGGAGACUGGCUUCGCACGUCGCAUCCGUCGCACUACGUCCGCGACCGCUAGUCCCGCUACCACCGGCGUGUCUGCUUUCACUGCCGGUGGCAUUGCUGCUGCUGAUGCUGGUGCCCGUGCUAGUCCUGCCACCGUCACUGGAGGCUCUGCUGUCUGGCAGUACCAGGACGAUACUGGAGCAUUUAGCAACUACUCAUCCAAGCACAAUGCAGAAUUGGAGCAGCAGUAUUUGGCAACGCCAAGCGGGAACGCUAUCCUAAGCCGUGGCCAGUACACCUACGCUGUCGACUUUGUCAAGAUGCAACAGACGAAUUUGGUGACGGAAAAAUCUCGCCCGGUCAGGAGAAUCCAUGGCAGCAAGACAUCAUCAUCUGCAGCCAGCAGCACUUCUUCCUCGGCAACGACUCCACUCACAACUUCGUUUGAUCCUGUGAAAACUGGUGUGGUCCCCAGGGAAGUUCAGAUCAGCAUCGAGGGCAAGUCCCCAUCCGUGCAACUAGCCGCUGCCAAGAUCCAGCAGCUGCUUAAUGACUCGAUCGUGGAACAGAAGGUGUCCAUGACCACAGGCUACACGCACUGGCUGAGCAGGAGGUUCAAGAGCGUCUCUGCGUCGCAUCUCGUCUCCAUGGAGGUGACCGGCGUCCGCUCAGCCACAUCCUCAGUGUCCUCCUCCUCCUCCUCUGCUGCUGCUAGCUCUGGCAAGGGACAGUGUGUGGUGCUACGCGGUACCAAGAAGCGAGUAGAGCGCGCCGAGACUCAGGUGUACAAAGCUUCCGCUCAAGCUGCCAGUAGGAAGCAGGCCACUAGUGCAUCAGCUGCUGCCAUUGCUGCCGCUUCUGCGGCUGCUGUGGAAUGCCCACUGCCAAAAGAGUGGGAACCUAUGAGUGGUGAACUCGAGUUGAAGCAGGUUGCGCUGGGUUCGCCCGAAUUCAACCAAGUACAGAAGCUAGUCCACUUCUCGCUUCCUAACGCCAAGAUUCAGCGCAUCGACCGCAUCCAGAACAAGUUCCUGUGGAAGAAAUACAACCAGAUGAAGGACAGCAUUAGUGAAAAGAUCAAGACGAAUGCCGCCGAGAAACUGCUCUUCCACGGAACGAGAGGAAAUUCUCCCGACAAGAUUUAUCGUAGUGAGGUUGGGUUUGACAUGCGCUACUCGAGCAGUGGUAUGUGGGGACAGGCAAACUACUUUGCCUCUGAAGCCAAGUACUCUGAUGGCUACAGUCACACAGCGCCACAUCUCAAUGGCGAGCGACAGAUCUUUCUUGCUAAGGUAAUUGUUGGUGACAGCAUUGAGAUGACUUCUACGUCCGGUCUCCGAAUGCCUCCAGUCAAAGCCGGAGUGUCUUCCAGCGCUAUUGGUGAUAUUCGCUAUGACACAGUGAACGGCGUGACAAACAGCACACGUGUGUACAUGGUCUAUCACAACUGUCAGGCUUACCCCUUCUAUCUACUCACGUACCGCCAAUCAUAGUGUGACUAUGGUCGAGGUGACGGGCUGGGACUAUUCCCAAGAAUCACACAGGCCUGGUUCACAUCGUGAGAUGAAGGAUUGUCAGUUUCAAGGUCUUUUUAAACUUUGUUUUGUUGUGCGUGCUCAAAAAUUUGUUCAUGGUGAAGUUGUGCGAAGCUCUUCUGCAACGUUCACUGGUCUUCUCUUCACCACCUCAAGCAAAUCGACGUGUUCUCGAAGCAGAAUGUUCUUGCUUUUGGUGGAUUUUGAGGAUUUUUUCCUUGUUUGUGCGAGUGUGGUGCCAAGCCAAGUGCUUCUCACACUUAUGUACCCUUGCAUAUGUCUCCUGACAAUGAUGUCAUGUGACAUUGUGAUCAUGUGAUACCAUGAUCAUGUGACAUGGCAAUCAUGUGACACUUUGAUCAUAUGACACUAUGAUCAUGUGACACUAUGAUCAUGUGACACUAUGAUUAUGUAACACUAUGAUCAUGUGACACUAUGAUCAUGUGACACUAUGAUUAUGUGACACUAUGAUCAUGUGACACUUUGACCACAUGGCUUUGUUGUCGUAUGUGUCUGCAAUUCUGCAUGUGAGCUUGCCCAGCAUGUCACACUUGCAGCAUAUGAUGCCACCGAUACAUCCACAUUAAAUUUUUUGGUGUAAUUUCUCAGUGCGUUUUCGGCUUGGCUACUCCUCUUUUGGAAUUUUUCACGUGGUAUUUUGCCUUCUCAUUAGGCUUUGUUUCCCCCUGCGUUUCCCUGCGCCCAUUUUCCUUUCCAAUAUUUUUCAGAACAUCUUGGAAUUGCUGUUACAGUUCCUCGUUUCGCAGCCCAUUUUUCCGUUCCACCUUUUUUUGUGCCAUUCGCCUCGGACCCCCAUCAUGCCCCCCCCCCCCCGGUUUUCACCCCACCCCGUUCCACCCUAUUUUUACCCCGCCCCGGUUUUUCACCCUACCUAAUUCUACUAUCCCAUAAUUUUAAUAUAAUUUUGCUUUUCCUUAUCCCCGGGAGGUUUUUUUUGCGAUGCUCGGCCUCACGAAAUAUUUGUAUGCCCUGUUUCAAUUCUGACCGGUCUGCUCUCUUUCUUCCCCCGUCCUUUUCUUUCCCAUGCCGACAUGCAUCGGUUUUGUCUCCUGUACGUGUGUGCUUCUUCUCAUUUCUGCAUGACUCUACAUGUAGUUCCAUAUUUGGCUUGCUGUGCAUGACUAGCGACUCUACAUGUAGUUCCAUAUUUGGCUUGCUGUGCAUGACUAGCGACUCUACAUGUGGUUCCAUAUUAUUUUGGCUUGCUGUGCAUGACUUGCGACUCUACAUGUACUAGUUCUAUAUUUGGCUUGCUGUGCCUGCGUCGCUAGCGGUGCAUCUGUUGGUUUAGCUUCUUCUUUUGUUUCCUGUCAUGUCUAGAAAUGAUAUUUUUUUGCUAUCCUGUGUGUGGGUGAGAGACUUUUAAAUUAAG